UUAUUUUUUUUCCUGCACACAACUCCCCCAAGCAAACAAGCAGCCCACAACAACAACAAACCAAACAAGUCAGGGGGGAGAGCAAGAGAGAGAGGGAAGCACCCUCGGUGGAGAGAGCCGGGUUUCUUUGCAGAGACACGGUCCCAUUCACAGCGGAUCCCAAUGCAACUGCUCAUCCUCCUCCUCCUGUACGCUGUAGUCUGUGCGAACUUUUGCAGCCGUCAGGGCACCACUGCCCCAGCCCAGAGCGGAUCUAUAAAAGCCUUGCGGUCCUCUAAUAUCAGGCGAGAUGAGAGCAAUCACCUCACAGACUUGUACCGGAAAGAAGAGACCAUCGGCGUGGCGGGAAACGGCUGCCUGCACAGUCCGCGCUUCCCGAGCAGCUACCCCCGGAACCUCCUGCUGACAUGGCGGCUGCGCUCCCCGGAGAGCACGAGGAUCCAGCUGGCUUUCGAUAACCAGUUUGGACUGGAGGAGCCCGAAAACGAUAUCUGCCGGUAUGACUUUGUGGAAGUGGAAGAUGUAUCGGAAACCAGCACAGUUAUACGAGGACGAUGGUGCGGACACAAGGAAGUACCUCCAAGAAUAACAUCAAAAACAAAUCAGAUAAAGAUAACCUUCAAAUCUGAUGACUAUUUUGUCGCUAAACCCGGAUUCAAGAUUUGUUAUUCCCUUGUGGAUGAUUUCCAGCAUGCAGCCUCAGAAACCAACUGGGAGUCAGUCACAAGCUCUGUCUCAGGGGUAUCCUAUCCCUCUCCAUCAGUGACUGACCCUACUCUCACGGCGGAAGCUCUGGAUCAGACCAUUGCUGCAUUUGACACAGUGGAGGAUCUACUCAAACACUUUAACCCAGACUCCUGGCAAGAAGAUCUUGAAAAUUUGUACACGGACAGUGGCCACCAUUACCGAGGCAGGAGCUACCAUGACAGGAAGUCCAAAGUUGACCUGGACAGGUUGAAUGAUGAUGUGAAACGCUAUAGCUGCACUCCAAGAAACUACUCUGUCAAUUUAAGGGAGGAACUGAAGCUGACAAAUGUAGUUUUCUUCCCCCGCUGCCUCCUUGUCCAGCGCUGUGGAGGAAAUUGUGGCUGUGGGACUUCGAAUUGGAAAUCCUGUACAUGCAUGUCAGGGAAAACAGUGAAAAAAUAUCAUGAGGUGCUGAAAUUCGUUCCAGAGGCUGGGCAUCCCAGAAGGAAAGGCAGAACCAGGAACAACAUGGCCUUAGUAGAUAUACAGCUGGAUCACCAUGAGCGUUGUGAUUGUAUCUGCAGUUCAAGACCACCCCGAUAAAAAAAAGAAAAAACAACAAGAUAUGCUAAUUGCAGCUUACUGGACAUUUACUUUUAAGCAGGAUUGCUCUGGGGACCUUUACUCACUAAUCAUUUGAACUUUGCUACUAGCCUGCCUUUGCAAUUAGCAAAAAUGGUUGCUGCGUUUCAGCGUAGCUGUGCUGAUUUAGUGCCAUGGCAGCUAAACAGGUAUAUCAUAGAAUUAUGUAUCAGCAUCCAAGAAUAUAGGAUUAUGUUUAGCUAUGACUAGAUUCUGAGGGCUGAGAUUUUCACAUCUCCCUUAUUGGCCUUAACUUCACAAUGCCUAAUGAAAUUAAUCAAAAGUUGUGUAGCUAAUUGUGGUAGCUGGCAAUGAAAUAACAUUGUGCUUCUGCACAUCUCUCACUCAACAGGUUCCUACACUCAAAUUUUGCUAUCAUUUCUACCUGCUCAACUCCCCUAACUGUCAGUAGAGUUUUGUGGGUAUAAAUGAAGAGAUAAUUUGAUCCCACAAAAAUAUAUGAUGCUUAAUCCAGCUCCCAAAAGGAACUUUCCAGUGUUCCUUUCCAAUACAGUGACAUAUAAUGAGGAAAAUCCAGGACUAUGUGAAAUAGAACACCAGUAAAAUCGAAACUCACUGUUUGUGCUCAGGCAAAUCAAGUGCUGGAAUUCGUAAAUGCUUAGCAUGAGCUAGGGCACUGGUGGUUGCAGGGGCUGCAGAGGACAGUACUUCUGCAUUAAUGCUCUAGCAUCACAGGAACCAUCAUCCAGAUUUCCUCGAGAAUGGCAACAAGAGGGCUUCUGCCAAGGCCCCAGAUAAAUCUGCAUGUGCUGGUGCUUAUUCUGGUCACUGUACACCUGGACUGGACUCUAGCCACUUGCCUGCAGUUGCCCACAGUUUCCCAGGAUGAGCCCCUUCGAUAUGAAAAGCGAAAGACAACCCUCACGCAUUCUCUUCCUCACUGUAGUUCAAGGAGUACCACGUUUCCCCGAGCAGGCAAUGGAGAUAAGGCACUUGUUUGUUGAAAGUACUGAUUCAUUUUGCAGUUGCAUUACUGGGAAACAAAACUGUGCUUGAGAUUUCAUUAUCACUGUUUGGUUUGGGGUUUGUUUGUUUGUUUGUUUCAAAUAAGGAAUAUUGUUACUUCAUCAUAUAUCCAUUAAUCUUAGUUAUCUGAGGUUAGUUGUCUGAUUUCAGCUAUAUGUAUUGCCAUGGUUAAACUGUUGACAGUGAAUUUCUUUUUCAUUGCAUUUUGCUGAGGCAUAUUUGCUCAUUAAGCCAACUCUGUCUGUCAUGGAAAAUGUGCAUCAUGUGUUAACUUCCACAAAAUGAAUAUUAUUAAACACCACCUCAUAAUAAAAUAAGCACUUUAAAAGCUACAGCAUAGCUUCCUGUACCUGUUAAAAUAUUCUGAAAGUGCUCUAACUGAAAAAGGAAAAAAAAGUCCUUCCAAACUGGCUUUAAAAGUUUUGAAAUACUGCUCCAAAAGUUGUUCAGUGUAAAUUGCAGGCAGUUUUAAGUCUGGAAUAGAAUUGGACUUUUGAUCAUGAAUGUAAUAGAAUGGGGUGGCAUAUUUAAUGGCUGAGGUUUUAUAUUUAAUAGCAGACACAGGCUGCAUCAGUUCAUUUUGUGUAUGAUGCCUCUUGUGUUUCUGCCACUCUGAAAGAGCACAGUAGUUUGACAACAGUGUGUCAUAAUUAAUGGAAUCUCGCGUAUGCUAUAAUAUUGAGCGCCUUUAGGCCAUUCUCUCUCAGUUAUCUACAAUUUAGUAAUAAAAAAGUGCCCUAAUGUUAUAACUUAGUCUCUUUAUCAACUCAAGUAUUUUAUGAGUGCUCUGUCUUUUAUAAUUUUAGCAAAACUUUCCUGAAGCAUCCCUUAGAAAUGUUGUAUUACUUUAUUUCCUGUACUUCAACAUUUGAGAUUCAAAAUGUGUGGAAUUUUUAUUAUUUAUAUUAGUUUUUCCUCUCUGGCUCCCAGAUAUCUAUUUAAAAAUGCACUUGAAUGCUGAGUUAGGAAGUGAUUCAUCAUUUUUCAAAGCAAUUCACUUUUAAAGAACAACCCUGUAACCAAAGAUUGCCAGCUUGAUUUCUUAUUUCAGGGUUGUUUAAAGAAGACUUCAUUCUUUUUCUGUCUCUAGCUUAGCAGCAAGAUUUACCCUGCUCUUCCAUAACUUUUAGCUAGUUUUGGAAGAAAUUUGCAUGGGAGACACUAGUGAUUGUUUUUGAGACAGUGCACUGUCUCUAAAAGAUAUUCCAGACUGAAUGGUGCACAAAUGUGGUCCGCAAAGCCCUCUGGCCUAAUAUUUGGCAUUGGUUGUAGGACACAUCGAUUUCAUAUGACUUUUUGCUUAGGGUAGUCCAUUCAUUCCCGCUCCUCAGGGGAAAAUGUUUACUAGGCAUCCACCGUGCCUGGCAUCUCCCAUGCAUUUAUGCAUGUUCAUCCAGUUUCCAAUCUGAAUAGCUGUGGGGUAUUUCUAGAGGGAAAUUUUAGGGAUUUUAGGGAUAUACCUGCAGCUAGGCGCCUAAGUUACCUCUACAAGCAAUGGAGAAAGAGCUAGAGGCUCUUCUAAAGCGUUCUGUAGAGCCCCAGGUUCAAAUCACCUAGUAUGGGAGCUUUUCUCUCUCUAGUAGAUGAUAUAUGAAUGGCCAUUUUAGAGACUAGCCAACUAAAUUAGGUACAGGCAGUGGUGGAUGCCAGGGCCCAGCAGAGAAAUUCAGCUGUAAAGAAAAAAAGAGAUUGGUAUAAUAGGGAUUAUCCUCUUGCUUAAUUUUGGUUUAAUUUUCUUAAAUAUAGCCUAAACUUGUCAGAAAAGUCUUUCCCCUGGGACACAGAGCAAUGAAUGGGAACCACUGAUGAGAAGUCAUUGCUUCUUGCUGACAUCUCCUAUAAAGACAGUGACUUCUAUGCUCCAGGUCAGCGCAGAAGAGGGUUCAAGUAUGGGCUUUGUGUUGCAGUGUGAGGGUGAUAAUACGCAUAUGAACUAAAUAAAGCUCCCAGAAGCCCAAACCCCAGGCUGCAAUGACCAUGAUGAAAUCAAAUACCAGCAAAACUUAGUGUUCUUUAUUUAUUGACAGAAAUUGCAGCGAUGUUUUUCCACACCUUUAUUUUCUCUUUGUCUUUGUAGUAAUUGCUAUGUUGUUUAUAUAUUGUUUUAACUUAAGAAACAAUGUUGUUAAAAAAGCUAAUGUUUCAUUUUUAUUGUUGGAAUUGGAAACCCCCCCCAAAAAUAUGAUUUUCGAAGGAAACUCAAACAAAUUUCUAAUUUCAAAGCCACUCACUACUAGCUUUUUAUUUAGUAUAUUCUUCUGGAAUAGAGCCUACUUCCUCAAGUGCAAUUUAUAUAUAUAUUUUUUGUUAUCUCAGUUAAAUGCAGCUUUUCUAGCAGUAUUUUUUACUCUAUGCCAUAUGUCAUAUGUGUCUUAUCUUGAUGAAAAAAUAAAUACUGCUUUUGA